CAUAGUGCAAGUGGCUGCUGCUCUGUCUUGCGAGGGACGUAAGUCAGAAAUAAACAAAAAUCCUUUCGAUGUUAAUCGUGAGGAUGAGGAUGAUGAUGGUGACCCCCAGUGUUUGUUCUGUUUCGCUUUCAUUAUCCUUUCCUUUUUUGUAUACAGAGAAGAUUAGCUGAAAGAGGGUGGUAGAGUUGCAGUGGUAAUAGAGGAAGGAAACUGUCGAGGUUUGAAAGUGCCGACUGGGGGAAAAGGGUAAGCACGAAUCGGGGAAAUGGAGAUUGGGUUCUUAGGUUUGGGGAUAAUGGGGAAGGCUAUGUCGAUGAACUUGAUAAAGAAGGGAUUCAAGGUCACUGUUUGGAACAGGACUCUUUCCAGGUGUGAUGAAUUGGUGGAAAUGGGUGCUUCAGUUGGAGAGACACCAGCUGCUGUGGUCAAGAAGUGUAAGAUCACCAUAGCCAUGGUGUCUGAUCCAGCAGCAGCGCUCUCGGUGGUGUUUGAUAAAGAUGGUGUGCUAGAGGAGAUAAGCAGUGGGAAAGGUUAUAUGGAGAUGUCAACUAUUGAUCCUGAGACUUCUUGCAAGAUCAGUGAGGCAAUUACAUCUAAAGGCGGCUCUUUCGUGGAGGCUCCUGUGUCAGGAGGCUACAAACAUGCAGAAACUGGACAGCUUGUAAUAAUUGCUGCUGGGGACAAGGCACUGUUUGAUGAAGCAAUUCUAGCACUCAAUGUCAUGGGGAAGAAGUCUUUCUACUUGGGGCAAGUUGGGAAUGCAGCAAGGAUGAAACUUGUUGUGAACUUGAUCAUGGGAACCAUGAUGACCACAUUUUCGGAAGGAAUUGGCUUGGCAGAAAGGAGCGGUCUGAACCCUAGCGAUCUUCUUGAUAUACUGGAUGUUGGUGCUAUGGCCACCCCAUUGUUGAAAGCCAAAGGACCAAACAUGAUCAAGAGCAACUUCCCCACUGCAUUCCCACUGAAACAUCAGCAGAAGGACAUGAGGUUGGCUCUUGCACUUGGAGAUGAAAAUGCAGUUUCGACGCCUGUAGCUGCUGCAGCAAAUGAGGCUUACAAGAAGGCUAGAAGCAUGGGAUUAGGUAAUCUUGAUUUUUCAGCUGUUCUUGAGGUGGUGAAGCCGUAUAAAGAUUAAGCUUCUUUAGUAUGACUUGGAGCCAUAUCGCAAACCAAUGGAUCCACAGAGUACUUCAUCUUCGUGCCAAUAUAUUCCGAAACCUGCUUGUGGUUCAGGUGCAUCUCAGAAAGCAGGAUUCUUUGUACCAACGUUUAAUUCAGAGCUUAAAAACGGCACUUGUAAAAUGUUUACACUUAUUAAGUAAUUUGCUCAUCCAUGAAACUAGAGGUGUCAAUAUUGUAUUUCUAUGGAACUUACAAGCACUUUUCAUGCCUAAAAAAGGCAAUAACUAACACAAAGAUGAACUACAAGUCCUGAACCGAGUAACAGAUUACUGAACUUCACCAGCAAAUAUCCUGAGGCAGAGUUCUUCUUCCCUAAGAACUCCCCGGAGGUGGGCAUCGGCGGGAACCCAUCUUCCUGACUCGGAGCAGCAGCAGGACCGUCCGGCCAUUCCCCAGUUGGUGAAGGGAAGAAUGAAGAAGGGUUGUUGGAUGGAUCUUCAUAUGGCAGCACUGCAGGGGAAGCUGAGAUUGUAGGCUCAGUGUUAGUAAAACCAAAAGCUGGCAGAAAUUUGGCGGAGAACAAGUUGAGCAGCAGCAUAGCUGCAACUGAAUGAACAAGGAAACUUGAAGCUGUGGCCAUAG